GAGAGCUUUACCAAUCUUUAAACCCUAAUUAUGCCAAUUGGGAAGCUUACUCAGGCCUCAAAAAAGACAACCUUGUAACUUGAACAAAAAAAAGCUAAUUUGUAAUAAGGAACAAAAGGGUAUUGAAAUAUUGCUGAAUACAUGCAUGAAACGUAGGCUAUGGCAAUGGGUUUAAGUGGAUUUUAUUCAAAAUGGUUGGCAACAGCCACUAUAACAGUAGCUCUUGCUGCUCUUUCUGCCUCGACAGCCGUCUCUUUUUAUUUUUGCAAGAAGAAAUCAGAAAUUUUGGACUUGAAGGUUAAAGAACUUGAAAUUUCUCUCAAUUCUUCUUUGCAAAAAUGUGCUGCUGAAAGGCAAGGUCGAAUCAGAGCCCAACAAGCUCUGAGGGAGGCAUUAACAGCAGAACCCAAGGCCGGGAACUUGGAGCAGACUUCUUUUUAUCCUAUGGCGCCUAUAGGUUUUGUACAAUCUUGCUUCUCUACCAGAAACGGAACCCCAAGGCAACCUUUACUUGUACCUCUUGCUAGGGCGUGCUUAGUAUUCAAUUCUGCUCGGGUUCCUCCGGCAUCUCUUGAGGGUCUUGUAGAAUAUUCUCAUUGCUGGAUUGUUUAUGUAUUUCACUUAAACACAGAUUUAGAAAAGUUAUGGAAGCAACCAUCUAGAUCAAAGUUCAAAGCAAAGGUUAGAGUUCCAAGACUGAAAGGUGGAAGGAUGGGAGUCUUUGCUACACGAUCCCCACAUCGACCAUGUCCUAUCGGACUCACUGUUGCAAAGGUGGAGGCAGUGCAAGGUAAUACAGUUCUUCUCUCUGGUGUAGAUCUGGUGGAUGGGACACCAGUUCUUGACAUCAAACCUUAUCUACCAUACUGUGAUAGCAUUCAAGGAGCAGCAGUGCCAAAGUGGGUGAUGGAGGACAAUAUGCUAGCAGUAGCUUCUGUUAGCUUUUCUGAUGGCUUCUCUUCCUUACUUGCUGAUUGUUGGGAAACAGUGAAAAAGAAGUCGCUGUAUGCAUCAUCUGAUGAGCUGCAAUGCUUGAUCAGGCAAGUGCUUUCAUGGGAUAUCCGAUCAGUAUCUCAACGAAACCAACCUCAUAAACCCUUUUAUAAGAAUGGAAAUGUUAAUUCUUCACAUGGUUCUCUACAUUCAGCCUGCAAACAUGAUGAAGACAUUUCCAGCCAUGAAGAUGACCAAGUGUUUCAUUCUGAAAAUGUAAUCUAUCACCUAGUUCUGGAAAGAAUCAAUGUCUCAUACAGAAUCAACAACAAUGGCAAUGUAAUUGUAGAGGAAGCUACAAUAUCAACAGAAACAGAAACAGAAAAGACUCCAAAUGGCAAUCAAAACUGAUGCAUCUAUUUGAUGUCCUGUCGCUAAGCUGUUAUCUUCUUGUAUUACUUCUUUCCAACUUCCCAUCAUAGUUUUGGUGACAACAAUAGCUAACAGCAGGUAUGGUCUGUAGAGAAGAUUUUGGCAACUCAUAUUACAUUUUAACCGUUGAUUUUGUUGGUGAAACAGUGCUGCUGCUUCUUGCUUUUUUCUUUGACAAAUGAAAUUUUAUGAUGAUUGCAAUGUGAUGAUCCUUCAUAUUUUUCA